AUGUGGACCUUGUUGGGAGAUUAUUCCAUAACAGCUCAGAUGCUGAGGCCACAACUUGCAGACUCCAGAUUUGUCACAAGCAAUCCCACCCUCACCACAGUGGCUUUACCUUUCUGUGUGUUUGAUAGCCUGAUGUCAAAAGGGGCAUCCUAUGAAGUCUAUGUCAUGGCCAACUCUGCUAAUACUUCAAGAACCUCUUCUACAGACAAUAGCAGUAAGCCCCUUGAUGCUACCUUUGAACAAACUGCUGGAGGACAAAGAGGCCCUUACAGAGCAGCAGCAUUUAAUGUCCCCAACUGUGCCUCUUCUCCCAGGCUCUCUGAUGCUGCUGAUACAACCAAAGCAUCUGCCAUCCUGAGCCAGUAUCUGAUCAGAGUUGGCGACAAUGUAGCUUGUCUUUCCGACCCAAAUUUUCUAGAAGUUUGCAAUCCACCUCUUUUCAAAGAUACAGCCUACAGGUUUAAAUACAUCCUUGUUGACAGAACAACAGAUGUCAUGAAAGACCAAACCCUCUGGUCUUAUCCAAUCAAAACAAAAAAGUGUGAGUGUGUCUCCUGGAGUGGAUUUUAUUUCUUAGAAAAUUAG